AGAUAUUGUGAACUUAUCAAAGAAGACCCUGAAGAUUUCAUGAAGUCCAUCACAGCUGGCGAUGUUUCUAGUUUUUUCAUGUGGAAGUUGAAACAAAAGCAAGGAACAGCUGGAAGAAGGCUUCGUGGAAUCAAAACAGCAUCUUCACUUGAUACGUACCGAAAGAUGUUUCUCGGAGUAUACAGAAGGUUGGUAGGGGAAGACAUGGAUAGCCACCUACAGAGAUCCACUCUUCAUGUUAGUUACAGUCUCCAAUUUGGCCUAAGUCGUGAACCGAGAGAGAAACCUUGUAUGGACGCAAAAGACGUACUUGAGAUCAUACAAACAACGCUCACGACCGUGGAGAAGAAGUUCCAGGUGGGGAGAAACCGCAUCCAAACAUGCUUCUUCAUGCAAGGGGGUUUCAUCACUGCAAAUCGUCCAAAAGCUCUCCUUGGGUUGCGCUAUGGAGAUGUUAAAAUCACCGUCCUUCGAAAUCCAAGCGGCGGCCCACAUAACAUCUUAAUAGAAUUAACGUACACAUUUACUAAGAAAUACUUAGGGGCCAAACCAUCGAACACUUUUAUAAUUCCUGAAAUCACUUUCGAUCCCUCUCUUUGCAUGAGCCCCCAUGUCUUCUUGCUAGGCCUCAUGUUUGCCAACGAUGUCUUUCUGAAUUCUAACUUGACCCCAGAGGGGUUAUUCAAACUCGACAUUCGACCUGGGUGUAACGAACUCGUUGUGCCUAUCAAAAAGGAAGCGAGUGCACUCUGGGUUUUCCGUCAACACCAAAAGACAGCAACAAAACGUGUAAUAAGCGACGAGCCAUUACCAUACUCUACUAUCAAAACAUAUAUGAAAGACGUCGGUGAAAUCGCAGGAUUUAAAGACGUGACGAGGCCAUACAAUCUCCGAUACGGGAUAGGGAAUGCCUUCGAUAAGGAUAGAGAUAUUAGCGUUAAUAGGAGAAACAUUAUCAUGAAUCACUCGACGGAUAAAGUUUUCCAGGAUCAUUAUGCCUCGAGACACAUUCCGGUAGAUGCACAAGCUAUUGAAAAACUCAUACAGGCGGCAUGCAGCAUGAGCCGAUCGGUCGAUCCAAAUCGACCACGAUCUCUUACAAAAGAGCAAUCCCGGACUAUUAAUCAAAAUCCGCGAAUCCUUAAACUCUAA